AUAUGCAACAAAAAAAUGUUAUUGAACAUAUGGAUAUUAUGUGUUUUGUUUGUAAGUUGUUAUCAAAAUUCAGCAACAACUGAAGCUACAACAACAACAAGCGAAGCCACAAUUACAACAACUGAAGUUCCAACAAUAACAACUGAAGCUACAACAACAACUACUAAAGCUACAACAACAACAACAAAAGCCGCAACCACAACAACUGAAGCUCCAACAACAACAAAUGAAGCUACAACAACAACUACUGAAGCUACAACAACAAUUGAAAGUACAACAACAACAACCAAAAAUCCAACCACAACAACUGAAGCUACUACAACAACGGAUGCUUUAACUACAACAAUCGAAGCCACAACUACAACAAACGAAGCUACAACCACAACAACUGAAGCUCCAACCACAACAACCGAGGCCACAACUACAACAACUGAAGUUCCAACAACAACAACUGAAGCUACAACAACAACUACUGAAGCUGCAACAACAACAGAAAGUACAACUACAACAACCGAAAAUCCAACUACAACAACUGAAGCUACUACAACAACGGAUGCUUCAACUACAACAACCGAAGCUACAACCAAAACAACUGAAGCUCCAACCACAACAACUGAAGCUCCAACCUCAACACUCGAAGCCACAACUACAACAACUGAAAUUCCAACAACAACAACUAAAGCUACAACAACAACAACUAAAGUUACAACAUCAACAACCGAAGGCACAACAACAACAACUGAAGCUCCAACAACAACAACUGAAGCUACAACAACAACAAUUGAAGCUGCAACAACAAUUGAAAGUACAACUACAACAACCGAAAAUCCAACCACAACAACUGAAGCUACUACAACAACGGAUGCUUUAACUACAACAACCAAUGCUACAACUAUAACAACCGAAGCUACAACCACAACAACUGAAGCUCCAACCACAACAACCGAAGCCACAACUACAUCAACUGAAGUUCCAACAACAACAACUGAAACUACAACAACAACUUUUGAAGCUGCAACAACAACAGCAAGUACAACUACAACAACCGAAAAUCCAAAUACAACAACUGAAGCUACUACAACAACGGAUGCUUCAACUACAACAACCGAAGCUACAACUACAACAACCGAAGCUACAACCACAACAACUGAAGCUCCAACCACAACAACUGAAGCUCCAACCACAACAAUCGAAGCCACAACUACAACAACUGAAAUUCCAACAACAACAACUAAAGCUACAACAACAACAACUGAAGUUACAACAUCAACAACCGAAGGCACAAGCACAACAACUGAAGCUCCAACAACAACAACUGAAGCUACAACAACAACAACUGAAGCUACAACAACAAUUGAAAGUACAACUACAACAACCGAAAAUCCAACCACAACAACUGAAGCUACUACAACAACGGAUGCUUUAACUACAACAACCGAAGCUACAACUACAACAACCGAAGCUACAACCACAACAACUGAAGCUCCAACCACAACAACCGAAGCCACAACUACAACAACUGAAGUUCCAACAACAACAACUGAAGCUACAACAACAACUUCUGAAGCUGCAACAACAACAAUUGAAGUUACAACAACAACAACCGAAGGCACAACCACAACAACUGAAUCUCCAACAACAACAACUGAAGCUACAGCAACAACAAUUGAAGCUGCAACAACAAUUGAAAGUACAACUACAACAACUGAAAAUCCAACCACAACAACUGAAGCUACUACAACAACGGAUGCUUUAACUACAACAACCGAAGCUACAACUACAACUACCGAAGCUACAACCACAACAACUGAAGCUCCAACCACAACAACCGAAGCCACAACUACAUCAACUGAAGUUCCAACAACAACAACUGAAACUACAACAACAACUUCUGAAGCUGCAACAACAACAGCAAGUACAACUACAACAACCGAAAAUCCAAAUACAACAACUGAAGCUACUACAACAACAGAUGCUUCAACUACAACAACCGAAGCUACAACUACAACAACCGAAGCUACAACCAUAACAACCGAAGCCACAACUACAACAACUGAAAUUCCAACAACAACAACUGAAGCUACAACAACAACUACUGAAACUGAAACAACAACAACUGAAGUUACAACAACAACAACCGAAGGCACAACCACAACAACUGAAGCUCCAACAACAACAACUGAAGCUCCAACAACAACAAUUGAAGCUGCAACAACAAUUGAAAGUACAACUACAACAACCGAAAAUCCAACCACAACAACUGAAGCUACUACAACAACGGAUGCUUUAACUACAACAACCGAAGCUACAACUACAACAACCGAAGCUUCAACCACAACAACUGAAGCUCCAACCACAACAAACGAAGCCACAACUACAACAACUGAAGUUCCAACAACAACAACUGAAGCUACAACAACAACUACUGAAGCUGCAACAACAGCAGGAAGUACAACUACAACAACCGAAAAUCCAACCACAACAACUGAAGCUACUACAACAACGGAUGCUUCAACUACAACAACCGAAGCUACAACUACAACAACCGAAGCUACAACCACAACAACCGAAGCCACAACUACAACAACUGAAGUUCCAACAACAACAACUGAAGCUACAACAACAACUACUGAAGCUGCAACAACAACAACUGAUGUUACAACAACAACAACUGAAAGCACAACCACAACAACUGAAGCUCCAACAACAACAACUGAAGCUACAACAACAACUACUGAAGCUGCAACAACAACAGGAAGUACAACUACAACAACCGAAAAUCCAACUACAACAACUGAAGCUACUACAACAACGGAUGCUUCAACUACAACAACCGAAGCUACAACUACAACAACCGAAGCUACAACCACAACAACCGAAGCCACAACUACAACAACUGAAGUUCCAACAACAACAACUGAAGCUACAACAACAACUACUGAAGCUGCAACAACAACAACUGAAGUUACAACAACAACAACCGAAAGCACAACCACAACAACUGAAGCUCCAACAACAACAACUGAAGCUACAACAACAACAACUGAAGCUACAACAACAAUUGAAAGUACAACUACAACAACCGAAAAUCCAACCACAUCAACUGACGCUGCUACAGCAACGGAUGCUUCAACUACAACAACCGAAGCUACAACUACAACAACCGAAGCUACAACCACAUCAACUGAAGCUCCAACCACAACAACCGAAGCCACAACUACAACGACUGAAGUUCCAACAACAACAACUGAAGCUACAACAACAACUAAUGAAGCUGCAACAACAACAGGAAGUUCAACUACAACAACCGAAAAUUCAACUACAACAACUGAAGCUACUACAUCAACGGAUGCUUCAACUACAACAACCGAAGCUACAACUACAACAACCGAAGCUACAACCACAACAACCGAAGCCACAACUACAACAACUGAAGUUCCAACAACAACAACUGAAGCUACAACAACAACUACUGAAGCUGCAACAACAACAACUAAAGUUACAACAACAACAACCGAAGGCACAACCACAACAACUGAAUCUCUAACAACAGCAACUGAAGCUACAGCAACAACAAUUGAUGCUGCAACAACAAUUGAAAGUACAACUACAACAACCGAAAAUCCAACUACAACAACUGAAGCUACUACAACAACGGAUGCUUUAACUACAACAACCGAAGCUACAACUACAACAACCGAAGCUACAACUACAACAACUGAAGCUCCAACCACAACAACCGAAGCCACAACUACAUCAACUGAAGUUCCAACAACAAUAACUGAAGCUACAACAACAACUACUGAAGCUGCAACAACAGCAGGAAGUACAACUACAACAACCGAAAAUCCAACCACAACAACUGAAGCUACUACAACAACGGAUGCUUUAACUACAACAACCGAAGCUACAACUACAACAACCGAAGCUACAACCACAACAACCGAAGCCACAACUACAACAACUGAAGUUCCAACAACAACAACUGAAGCUACAACAACAACUACUGAAGCUGCAACAACAACAACUGAAGUUACAACAACAACAACCGAAGGCACAACCACAACAACUGAAUCUCCAACAACAACAACUGAAACUACAGCAACAACAAUUGAAGCUGCAACAACAAUUGAAAGUACAACUACAACAACUGAAAAUCCAACCACAACAACUGAAGCUACUACAACAACGGAUGCUUUAACCACAACAACUGAAGCUCCAACCACAACAACUGAAGCCACAACUACAUCAACUGAAGUUCCAACAACAACAACUGAAACUACAACAACAACUUUUGAAGCUGCAACAACAACAGCAAGUACAACUACAACAAUUGAAAAUCCAAAUACAACAACUGAAGCUACUACAACAACGGAUGCUUCAACUACAACAACCGAAGCUACAACUACAACAACCGAAGCUACAACCACAACAACUGAAGCUCCAACCACAACAACUGAAGCUCCAACCACAACAAUCGAAGCCACAACUACAACAACUGAAAUUCCAACAACAACAACUAAAGCUACAACAACAACAACUGAAGUUACAACAUCAACAAUUAAAGGCACAACAACAACAACUGAAGCUCCAACAACAACAACUGAAGCUACAACAACAACAACUGAAGCUACAACAACAAUUGAAAGUACAACUACAACAACUGAAAAUCCAACCACAACAACUGAAGCUACUACAACAACGGAUGCUUUAACUACAACAACCGAAGCUACAACUACAACAACCGAAGCUACAACCACAACAACUGAAGCUCCAACCACAACAACCGAAGCCACAACUACAACAACUGAAGUUCCAACAACAACAACUGAAGCUACAACAACAACUACUGAAGCUGCAACAACAACAAUUGAAGUUACAACAACAACAACCGAAGGCACAACCACAACAACUGAAUCUCCAACAACAACAACUGAAACUACAGCAACAACAAUUGAAGCUGCAACAACAAUUGAAAGUACAACUACAACAACUGAAAAUCCAACCACAACAACUGAAGCUACUACAACAACGGAUGCUUUAACUACAACAACCGAAGCUACAACUACAACAACCGAAGCUACAACCACAACAACUGAAGCUCCAACCACAACAACCGAAGCCACAAAUACAACAACUGAAGUUCCAACAACAACAACUGAAGCUACAACAACAACUACUGAAGCUGCAACAACAACAAUUGAAGUUACAACAACAACAACCGAAGGCACAACCACAACAACUGAACUUCCAACAACAACAACUGAAGCUACAGCAACAACAAUUGAAGCUGCAACAACAAUUGAAAGUACAACUACAACAACUGAAAAUCCAACCACAACAACUGAAGCUACUACAACAACGGAUGCUUUAACUACAACAACCGAAGCUACAACUACAACUACCGAAGCUACAACCACAACAACUGAAGCUCCAACCACAACAACCGAAGCCACAACUACAUCAACUGAAGUUCCAACAACAACAACUGAAACUACAACAACAACUUCUGAAGCUGCAACAACAACAGCAAGUACAACUACAACAACCGAAAAUCCAAAUACAACAACUGAAGCUACUACAACAACGGAUGCUUCAACUACAACAACCGAAGCUACAACUACAACAACCGAAGCUACAACCACAACAACUGAAGCUCCAACCACAACAACUGAAGCUCCAACCACAACAAUCGAAGCCACAACUACAACAACUGAAAUUCCAACAACAUCAACUAAAGCUACAACAACAACAACUGAAGUUACAACAUCAACAACCGAAGGCACAACCACAACAACUGAAGCUCCAACAACAACAACUGAAGCUACAACAACAACAACUGAAGCUACAACAACAAUUGAAAGUACAACUACAACAACCGAAAAUCCAACCACAACAACUGAAGCUACUACAACAACGGAUGCUUUAACUACAACAACCGAAGCUACAACUACAACAACCGAAGCUAUAACCACAACAACUGACGCUCCAAACACAACAACCGAAGCCACAACUACAACAACUGAAGUUCCAACAACAACAACUGAAGCUACAACAACAACUACUGAAACUGCAACAACAACAACUGAAGUUACAACAACAACAACCGAAGGCACAACCACAACAACUGAAGCUCUAACAACAACAACUGAAGCUACAACAACAACCAUUAAAGCUGCAACAACAAUUGAAAGUACAACUACAACAACCGAAAAACCAACCACAACAACUGAAGCUACUACAACAACGGAUGCUUUAACUACAACAACCGAAGCUACAACUACAACAACCGAAGCUACAACCACAACAACUGAAGCUCCAACCACAACAACCGAAACCACAACUACAACAACUGAAGUUCCAACAACAACAACUGAAGCUACAACAACAACUACUGAAGCUGCAACAACAGCAGGAAGUACAACUACAACAACCGAAAAUCCAACCACAACAACUGAAGCUACUACAACAACGGAUGCUUCAACUACAACAACUGAAGCUACAACUACAACAACCGAAGCUACAACCACAACAACCGAAGCCACAACUACAACAACUGAAGUUCCAACAACAACAACUGAAGCUACAACAACAACUACUGAAGCUGCAACAACAACAACUGAAGUUACAACAACAACAACCGAAAGCACAACCACAACAACUGAAGCUCCAACAACAACAACUGAAGCUACAACAACAACUACUGAAGCUGCAACAACAACAGGAAGUACAACUACAACAACCGAAAAUCCAACUACAACAACUGAAGCUACUACAACAAAGGAUGCUUCAACUACAACAACCGAAGCUACAACUACAACAACCGAAGCUACAACCACAACAACCGAAGCCACAACUACAACAACUGAAGUUCCAACAACAACAACUGAAGCUACAACAACAACUACUGAAGCUGCAACAACAACAACUGAAGUUACAACAACAACAACCGAAAGCACAACCACAACAACUGAAGCUCCAACAACAACAACUGAAGCUACAACAACAACAAUUGAAGCUGCAACAACAAUUGAAAGUACAACUACAACAACCGAAAAUCCAACCACAACAACUGAAGCUACUACAACAAUGGAUGCUUCAACUACAACAACCGAAGCUACAACUACAACAGCAGAAGCUACAACCACAACAACUGAAGAACCAACUACAACAACUGAAGUUCCAACAACAACAACUAAAGCUACAACAACAACUACUGAAAUUACAACAACAACAACCGAAGGCACAACCACAACAACUGAAGCUCCAACAACAACAACUGAAGCUACAACAUUAAUUGAAAGUACAACUACAACAACCGAAAAUCCAACCACAACAACUGACGCUGCUACAGCAACGGAUGCUUCAACUACAACAACCGAAGCUACAACUACAACAACCGAAGCUACAACCACAACAACUGAAGCUCCAACCACAACAACCGAAGCCACAACUACAACAACUGAAGUUCCAACAACAACAACUGAAGCUACAACAACAACUAAUGAAGCUGCAACAACAACAGGAAGUUCAACUACAACAACCGAAAAUUCAACUACAACAACUGAAGCUACUACAUCAACGGAUGCUUCAACUACAACAACCGAAGCUACAACUACAACAACCGAAGCUACAACCACAAUAACCGAAACCACAACUACAACAACUGAAGUUCCAACAACAACAACUGAAGCUACAACAACAACUACUGAAGCUGCAACAACAACAACUGAAGUUACAACAACAACAACCGAAAGCACAACCACAACAACUGAAUCUCCAACAACAACAACUGAAGCUACAGCAACAACAAUUGAAGCUGCAACAACAAUUGAAAGUACAACUACAACAACUAAAAAUCCAACCACAACAACUGAAGCUACUACAACAACGGAUGCUUUAAUUACAACAACCGAAGCUACAACUACAACAACCGAAGCUACAACCACAACAACGAAAGCUCCAACCACAACAAACGAAGCCACAACUACAACAACUGAAGUUCCAACAACAACAACUGAAGCUACAACAACAACUACUGAAGCUGCAACAACAGCAGGAAGUACAACUACAACAACCGAAAAUCCAACCACAACAACUGAAGCUACUACAACAACGGAUGCCUCAACUACAACAACUGAAGCUACAACUACAACAACCGAAGCUACAACCACAACAACCGAAGCCACAACUACAACAACUGAAGUUCCAACAACAACAACUGAAGCUACAACAACAACUACUGAAGCUGCAACAACAACAACUGAAGUUACAACAACAACAACCGAAAGCACAACCACAACAACUGAAGCUCCAACAACAACAACUGAAGCUACAACAACAACUACUGAAGCUGCAACAACAACAGGAAGUACAACUACAACAACCGAAAAUCCAACUACAACAACUGAAGCUACUACAACAAAGGAUGCUUCAACUACAACAACCGAAGCUACAACUACAACAACCGAAGCUACAACCACAACAACCGAAGCCACAACUACAACAACUGAAGUUCCAACAACAACAAAUGAAGCUACAACAACAACUACUGAAGCUGCAACAACAACAACUGAAGUUACAACAACAACAACCGAAAGCACAACCACAACAACUGAAGCUCCAACAACAACAACUGAAGCUACAACAACAACAAUUGAAGCUGCAACAACAAUUGAAAGUACAACUACAACAACCGAAAAUCCAACCACAACAACUGAAGCUACUACAACAAUGGAUGCUUCAACUACAACAACCGAAGCUACAACUACAACAGCAGAAGCUACAACCACAACAACUGAAGAACCAACUACAACAACUGAAGUUCCAACAACAACAACUAAAGCUACAACAACAACUACUGAAAUUACAACAACAACAACCGAAGGCACAACCACAACAACUGAAGCUCCAACAACAACAACUGAAGCUACAACAUUAAUUGAAAGUACAACUACAACAACCGAAAAUCCAACCACAACAACUGACGCUGCUACAGCAACGGAUGCUUCAACUACAACAACCGAAGCUACAACUACAACAACCGAAGCUACAACCACAACAACUGAAGCUCCAACCACAACAAACGAAGCCACAACUACAACAACUGAAGUUCCAACAACAACAACUGAAGCUACAACAGCAACUAAUGAAGCUGCAACAACAACAGGAAGUUCAACUACAACAACCGAAAAUUCAACUACAACAACUGAAGCUACUACAUCAACGGAUGCUUUAACUACAACAACCGAAGCUACAACUACAACAACCGAAGCUACAACCACAAUAACCGAAGCCACAACUACAACAACUGAAGUUCCAACAACAACAACUGAAGCUACAACAACAACUACUGAAGCUGCAACAACAACAACUGAAGUUACAACAACAACAACCGAAGGCACAACCACAACAACUGAAUCUCCAACAACAACAACUGAAGCUACAGCAACAACAAUUGAAGCUGCAACAACAAUUGAAAGUACAACUACAACAACUGAAAAUCCAACCACAACAACUGAAGCUACUACAACAACGGAUGCUUUAACUACAACAACCGAAGCUACAACUACAACUACUGAAGCUACAAUUACAACAACUGAAGCUCCAACCACAACAACCCAAGCCACAACUACAUCAACUGGAGUUCCAACAAUAACAACUGAAGCUACAUCAACAACUACUGAAGCUGCAACAACAACAGGAAGUACAACUACAACAACCGAAAAUCCAACCACAACAACUGAAGCUACUACAACAACGGAUGCUUCAACUACAACAACCGAAGCUACAACUAAAACAACCGAAGCUACAACCACAACAACUGAAGCUCUAACCACAACAAUCGAAGCCACAACUACAACAACUGAAGUUCCAACAACAACAACUAAAGCUACAACAACAACUACUGAAGUUGCAACAACAACAACCGACGGCACAACCACAACAACUGAAGCUCCAACAACAACAACUGAAGCUACAACAACAACAACUGAAUCUACAACAACAAUUGAAAGUACAACUACAACAACCGAAAAUCCAACCACAACAACUGAAGCUACUACAACAACGGAUGCUUUAACUACAACAACCGAAGCCUCAACUACAUCAACCGAAGCUACAACCACAACAACUGAAGCUCUAACCGCAACAACCGAAGCCACAACUACAACACCUGAAGUUCCAACAACAACAACUGAAGCAACAACAACAACUACUGAAGCUGCAACAACGUCAGGAAGUACAACUACAACAACCGAAAGUCCAACUACAACAACUGAAGCUACUACAACAACGGAUGCUUCAACUACAACAACCGAAGCUACAACUACAACAACCGAAGCUACAACCACAACAAAUGAAGCUCCAACCACAACAACUGAAGCUCCAACCACAACAAUCGAAGCCACAACUACAACAACUGAAGUUCCAACAACAACAACUAAAGCUACAACAACAACAACUGAAGUUACAACAUCAACAACCGAAGGCACAACCACAACAACUGAAGCUACAACAACAACAACUGAAGCUACAACAACAACAACUGAAGCUGCAACAACAACAGGAAGUACAACUACAACAACCGAAAAUCCAACCACAACAACUGAAGCUGCUACAACAACGGAUGCUUCAACUACAACAAUCGAAGCUACAACUACAACAACCGAAGCUACAACCACAACAACUGAAGCUCCAACCACAACAAGCGAAGCCACAACUACAACAACUGAGGUUCCAACAACAACAACUGAAGCUACAACAACAACUAAUGAAGCUGCAACAACAAUAGGAAGUACAAUAACAACAACCGAAAAUCUAACCACAACAACUGAAGCUACUGCAACAACGGAUGGUUUAACUACAACAACCGAAGCUACAACUACAACAACCGAAGCUACAACCACAACAACUGAAGCUCUAACCACAACAAUCGAAGCCACAACUACAACAACUGAAGUUCCAACAACAACAACUAUAGCUACAACAACAACUACUGAAGUUACAACAACAACAACCGAAGGCACAACCACAACAACUGAAGCUCCAACAACAACAACUGAAGUUACAACAACAACUACUGAAGCUGCAACAACAACAGGAAGUACAACUACAACAACCGAAAUUCCAACCACAACAACUGAAGCUGCUACAACAACGGAUGCUUCAACUACAACAAUCGAAGCUACAACUACAACAACCGAAGCUACAACUACAACAACCGAAGCUACAACCACAACAACUGAAGCUCUAACCACAACAACCGAAGCCACAACUACAGCAACUGAAGUUCCAAUAACAUCAACUGAAGUUACAACAACACCAAAUGAGAAUUAUUCUUGUCCCUGUUUACUAUCAUUUUGUGAGAACCACUAUAAAGAAAAGUUUUGUUCAAUUGUAUAUCAGUCGUGUGGAAAUGUAAGCACUUCAACACUUUCAUCUACUGCUUUAUCAGCAUAACUUUUCACUGGAACAAUAUAUUUUGUUUUAAAGUGUUGUGCUAAACUUUUUAUUUUGUGUUGUUAAUAUUUUAUUUGUUUUAUUCGUUUUGUUAAUAAUAAUUCUAUUAGUAUUUAUCGAAUUGUAAAUUUUUUUUGCAAGUUUUGUUAUUUAUGAGUCAAAUUAUUUAAUCAGUAUUUUUUGUAUAACCGCUUUGACCUCAAAUAAAGCCCUCGGGUGACGUAUUUACUUACAACAAGUAUUACAAACAUAAACAUUUUGAUAUAAAGUUGUGAGAGUUUUCUGAUCGCGUUUUUAGCACGUAACAAGUUUUAUGUUAUUUAUAAGUCAGAAUAAAUCACUAUUUAGCAGAUUUUAAUAAUUUACUAUUUAGCAGAAAAUGUCAAAAAAUUAAGAUUAGCUUGUUUUGGAAAAUCGUUAUUAUUGAUGAUGCUGUCGGUGCAGUUUUGAACAUAAGUUUCAUAACAUAACAUAUAACAUAAGUUUCAUUUUUGAACAUAAGAACGAAACCUUUCGUUCGUUUUUUAGAUUUCUUGCACUUUUACAUUUUAUUAUUACGGCUUAUAUUCGGAUUGUUUUAAGAUAUGAAUGGUUUAAAGUUAUAAAAAAAGAGAGAAUCAGAAAUCAAAGAAGAUAUUAAUAAUGCUGUAAUCCAAGUUGUAGAGUAUUAUAAAUAACAGAACCAAGCUGCGAAUAUAAAUAUGAAAUGUAAUACUUUAUGUUACCGAAUGAAUAGAUAUAAAAACGAUUUAUUUAUCCAAAAUCAAGUUAUAUAGCACAAUUAAGUAUGCUCUUUCAUAACUAUUUAAUAACAAUGAGGAGAUUAUAGUGAAUGACUGCCUUAUAAAAAAGACUAAAAUAAAUUAUGGCUUCAAUUACAAAAAAAAAAAAAAAAUUGUAUUUCAUUACGCAAUAAAACUUCAAAAAAGUUCAGAUAAAUAAAGAGAGAAUAAGCAUGCUGGUAUAGAGUGGUUAAAGGUUUUCAUGAAGCGAUAUAGUGAACUUUCAUUUCAUAAACCUAAAAAUGCAAGUUUUUCUUCUUCAACAAGUUUUAAAGUUUUGGCAACUAAAAAAAGAUUUAAAACAAAAACACUUCCACUCCUGAUAGAAUUUUUAAUAUUGAUGAAACCAACAUAUUGACAUUACUAAAAUCAACAAGUGCUACUACCCCGUGAAACAAAAUAAUUUGGACAAUGUGUAUCUGCCGAACGUAAGCAACUAAUUACUAUGAGCAGUAUAGAAAAUGCGGUAGAAAAUUUUGUUCCAACUGUCUUUAUAUUUCCCAGAUCAAGGUUUCAUGCAAAUAGUCCACCAAGUGGUUGGAUGACUGAGAAAUUGUUGGGGUUACCAGGGUUACCAUACAACUUCGUUUCCUCGGAUCUUUUAUCUAUUUUUUCAUUAAAAUGUCUGUCGGGGAAAGUUUCCUCAAUUAGCAGCAAAUGUCCGGAUUUUCACUUAAAAACUAAACAAAACAGUUUUUUGUAAAACGUGCUAGUAGAUUGGUGAACAUUGAGACGUCGGAACGUAUUUUCACAUUACCAACGCUUUGGUGUACACCAAUACGUUGUCACGUGUCUUCAGCGUUAUCAAAGUUUCAAGCUAGAUGCAGUUAGUACAAUAAAUUUAAUUGAAAUUUAUGAGUUCGAACAAUUUUGACGCAUUAAUUUAGAGUGUUUUCUUUAUUUGUUUUUAAUAUUGUAUUAUGGGAUACGGCUUUAUAUACGGAGUUUAGGCAAGUUUUUUAAGAUAAUUGAAUAAAAAUUCGAAAUGUAAAAGAAAGUCAAAGCUAUGAAUAAACAAAAUUGUAGAUUGUCUGAA